GUCAUCUUCAGCUAACCUAGGUUAGGUACUAUACAGUAGUAGUAUGUAGCUUAAGCCUGGUUGGCUAAGACGGGUUAUAGACGGGUUGUAGGUACCUGCGCAAGGUAUUCCAAUAACAAAUUCCCCUCCCCUCCUACCCUUUUUUUCUCCUGGGCAUCACUUUCUUACUUACCCCUCCAUCAUCAUAUCCACUUUCAAACCCACUUUUCCUAACGAACUCCAUCAUAGAAAAGUAACCUCCCUCCCGCGACCGCCCGUAAUCUACAAUUAAUUCUUUAUAUUCCCGCUCUCCAUCUGUGUUUUUAGCAAAUAACCUCAUUUCUCUACCAUUGAGUUACCAAUAUCGCUACAAUCAUGUCUGGUGCCGUCGCUGAUUUGGGCCUCAUUGGCUUGGCCGUCAUGGGUCAGAACUUGAUUCUGAACAUGGCCGACCACGGCUUCACCGUCUGCGCUUACAACCGAACCGUCUCCAAGGUAGAUGCCUUCUUGGCAAACGAGGCCAAGGGCAAGUCUAUCGUCGGUGCUCACUCCAACGAGGAGUUCAUCUCCAAGCUAAAGAAGCCCCGCCGUGUCAUGCUGCUGGUACAGGCUGGCAAGGCUGUCGACGACUGGAUCGAGGCCCUACUCCCCCUCCUAGAGAAUGGUGAUAUCAUCAUUGACGGCGGCAACUCUCAUUUCCCCGACUCGAACCGACGAACUAAAUACCUCUCAACCAAGGGUAUCCGAUUCGUCGGUUCCGGUGUCUCCGGUGGUGAGGAAGGUGCCCGAUAUGGCCCUUCGCUGAUGCCGGGUGGUAACGAGGAGGCGUGGCCCCACAUCAAGGAUAUCUUCCAAAGCAUUGCUGCUAAGAGCGACAACGAGGCAUGCUGUGAAUGGGUUGGUGACGAGGGUGCUGGCCACUACGUCAAGAUGGUGCACAACGGUAUCGAGUAUGGUGAUAUGCAACUGAUUUGCGAGGCCUACGAUAUCAUGAAGCGUGGUCUUGGAUUAAGCAACAAGGAGAUCGGUGAUGUUUUGGCCACGUGGAACAAGGGUGUUCUAGACUCGUUCUUGAUCGAAAUCACCCGCGACAUCAUGUACUUCAACGAUGAAGACGGAACCCCGCUAGUUGAGAAGAUUCUAGACCAGGCCGGUCAGAAGGGUACCGGCAAGUGGACUGCCAUCAACGCUCUGGACCUCGGAAUGCCCGUUACCUUGAUCGCCGAGGCUGUGCUUGCCCGUUGUCUGUCCUCAAUCAAGGCCGAGCGAACCAAGGCUUCGACCAAGCUUCAAUACGUCGGUCGCACAACCAAGUUCGAGGGCAACAAGGAGCAAUUCCUUGAUGACCUUGAGCAGGCCCUGUACGCUUCCAAGAUCAUCUCGUAUGCUCAAGGAUUUAUGCUGAUGCAAGAGGCCGCGAAAGAAUAUAAGUGGAAGCUUAACAAGCCUUCGAUUGCCUUGAUGUGGAGAGGUGGUUGUAUCAUCCGCUCUGUCUUCUUAAAGGACAUUACUGCGGCUUACCGAAACAACCCUGACCUCGAGAACCUGCUAUUCGACGACUUCUUCAACAAGGCCAUCCACAAGGCCCAGCCCGGCUGGAGAGACGUGGUUGCCAAGGCUGCCGUUCUCGGAAUCCCAACCCCUGCUUUCUCUACUGCGCUAUCGUGGUUUGACGGAUACCGCACCAAGGACCUGCCCGCCAACCUUCUCCAGGCCCAGCGUGACUACUUCGGAGCACACACUUUCCAAAUUAAGCCCGAGUUUGCCAACGAAAAGUACCCCGAAGGCAAAUAUAUCCACGUUAACUGGACUGGUCGGGGAGGUAACGUGUCGGCUUCCACAUACCAAGCAUAAAGGAUGGCAUCCAUGUGAGCGAAUAUGAGCGCGCUUACCAAUAGUAAGUUUGGCGUAUAGGCAGAGUCAUUCUUAAUAAAUGGAAAAAGGGAAUGAUUUCAACCGAGCAUGCUAUGACAUGACAUGACAUAGUUAACCUACCAAGUUUAGAAGAAUGAAAAUAAAUAUCUGAAUUAAUGGAAAAUUCCAAUUUCAAUAUUCUUACAAAAA